AUGAGGGCGCCUCUUUUAAGCCAUCUCUUCGCCCGUUUUACCGGACGGGCCAGGAGAAGGGAGGGCUAUACGACGUCCAAAAAAUUACAAUUUAAACAAAUCACAACGCCCACAUUUUGCCGAUUCUCACCUAUUGCCUUUGUUGUAUCCGUACCAUAUUUUGACUUGGAAAUAAGUGUGCCUACUGGAAUUUUUGUAUCUUCGUUUAAUCUUUAUCCAGCUCUCGAUGCUUUCAUUCUGAUGUAUGUUUUGACAGAUUAUCGAAAUGCUUUGAAACGUAAGAAUAAUGUUUUUUUCUGUGAUUUUAAGUGA